AGCAAAAGUGGAUUGAAUGAAUGUCAACAACACUCUCGCCGUGUAAACUCCGAAACAUGUUGCACCGGCGAUGAUCUAUAUCUCUAUCACUCCGCCACACUUUGUCUACAUCUUCCCCAAUUUCAAACCCUAAUCAUUUCAACCUCAUCAACAUCCCCCAAAUCACUUCCAAUCCUCUCCAAUUUCUCAAUUCACUUCACGAAUUACAGUAAUCGAUGAUGUCAUAUGAACAACAGGGCUUCGAAGAGCCCCAAUUCUACUCUUCUCACGAAUCAAUCGACUUUAACAACCCUAAAUCCCCCAAUUCCACCUCAACACCCGCACAAUUUGCCGAAAUUCUCACCACUGAACACGGUGAUCCUCUUACACAUUCAUCAUCCUUUCACACAAACCCUAACUCCUUCAAUUCGCUCAUUGAUUCAUCAUCAUCCUUUCACACAAACCCUACCUCCUUCAAUUCGUUCAUUGAUCCACCGUCGUACGCAGAAGCUGUAUUCAGAUCGUUCGACGGCGUUAAAUCCGAUCAAAUCAACGAACACGACGAUGUCUCCACGUCAGAACCGUCUGUAAGUAACUAUUAUUUGCAUAUUUCAGUUAGGGAUCCACGGAAGAUACAUGAUCUAGCUGCUUCGGUUGACUCGGUUAACUCGGUUGUUUCGAGUGGGAAGAAUUACUUGACCUACUUGAUAACCACAUGGACUAACCUUCCGGAGUUUAACGGAACCGAGUUUAGUGUCCGGAGACGGUUUAAAGACGUUGUGAUGUUAUCUGAUCGGUUAUUGAAAGCGUACCGAGGGUGUUUUAUUCCGACGAGGCCAGAUAAAGGUGUGGUGGAGAGCCAGGUUAUGCAGAAGCAUGAGUUUAUUGAGCAGAGGAGGGUGGCUUUGGAGAAAUAUUUUAAGAAGCUGGCUGCGCAUCCGGUUAUUCGGCAUAGUGAGGAUUUGAGAGUGUUUUUGCAGGUGCAGGGGGAUUUGAAAUGGAUGAAUGUCGGGAAUGUGGGUGCGGUUGUUGAGAGUAGGGAGGUGGGGAAUCAAGGGAAAGGAGGGAGAGAUGUGGUUAGGAUGUUUAAAGAGUUGAGGCAGUCGGUUACGUAUGGUUGGGGUGGGACAAAGCCGCCUUUGGUGGAAGAGGAUAAGGAGUUCUUGGAGAAGAAGAUGAAGUUGCAGGAUUUUGAGCUGCAGUUGAGUAAUGUGUCUCUGCAGGCUGAAUCUCUUGUUAAAGCUCAACAAGACAUAGGCGAAACCAUGGGACAAUUAGGUUUGGUAUUUGUUAAACUAACCAAAUUUGAAACCGAGGAAGCCGUGUUCAUCUCUCAGAAAACGAGAGCCAAAGAUAUGAAAAACAUGGCAACUUCUUCUGUUAAAGCAAGCAGACUGUACGGCGAAUUAAAUGCACAAACCAUCAAACAUUUGGACAAGCUUCAUGACUACCUAGGAGUGAUGUUAGAUGUGAACAACGCAUAUUCAGAUCGAUCAAAUGCGUUGUUGACAGUUCAAACCGUUGUAACAGAGAUUUCAAUUCUAAGUUCAAGAAUUGAAAAACUUGAAGCGGCUGCAUUCAAGAUAUUUGGUGCUGACAGGUCUAGAAUUCAGAAAAUAGACGAGUUGAAAGAAACCUUGAGAGUUACAGAAGAUGCCAAAAAUCACGCAGUCAAAGAGUAUAAACGUAUAAAGGAGACUAACAAGACUGAAUUCGAGAGGCUUGACAAAGAGAAGCGUGAAGAUUUCAUUGGGAUGUUAAAGGGAUUCGUCGUCAAUCAGGCAGGAUAUGCAGAGAAGAUGGCAAGUGUAUGGGAAACAUUUGCUAAGGAAACAAAUGGAUAUGCAGGAAGUUGUAGCUAAAAGUGGUUUAAUGUUUUUGUUAAUGAUGUUAUUCAGUUAUUGCAAGUGCAUAUUAACUGUCACUACCUAAAUUUUGUGCAGCAACCACCCAAAUAGUGUUUCCAAAAGGUGUACUAUAAGUGACCAUAUGUCCAAAAUGGCUAGUCUUUGUAUUUUCUUUUUAUGUUUUAUAGAUGAUAAAUAUUACACAUUUGAAAAAAGAAAAGUAUUACUUCUUUUUUAAAA